AUAAACAAAUAAAUAAAUAUAACAAAAUCGAGAAGAACAAAAAAAAAAAACUUUUGGCAACGAAAGCAAGAAUCUCUCUUCCCGUCGGUCACGGUCGCGAAUCUCUCAGGUUACUUGGUGAGAGGAAGUUUAAUCGAGUUCUUUCGCCAUGAAUUCGAAUUUAGAGGAACAAAGGAAAGGAAAGUAUAUUCUAAUUCGUGAUGGUGAGGACUCUGAGUUAGGACAUUUCUAUAAGCCCCUUCCUUGCUUCGGUUGUGGAAUCGGAUGGUUCUCUUUUCUUCUUGGAUUCGUCUUCCCAUUUGCGUGGUACAUUGCUACAUUUCUAUAUUUGACAAACUAUUACCGUAGAGAUCCUCGGGAAAGAUCUGGUCUUGCUGCCUCUGCUAUAGCUGCUUUGAUAUUCUCUGUUGCACUUGUGAUCACCGUGCUUGUGCUUGUUUUCUCGGGUCGCUAGAGUCUUGUUACACUUUGCAUAUUCUUUCUGAGUUUCAAAGGAAAACAACUUCAAGUCUGUUUCCACACCAAGUGAAAAUUUUCAAUUUGAUGAAGAGUAUAUCGGUUUUAAAGAGAAGGUACUGCUAGUAGUCCUUUUAGAAUCAAAAUAUGGUUUGCUU